CAAGCUCAAUAAUCAAAAAGACAAUCGCAAAUAAUGAUGAAUUUGACAAAAACCACAAUAUUGCAGCAGAAGAUUUUGAUAAUUCAGAUGCUGCUUCCAACUCUGUGGAAAAAUUAAAUCGCCAGAACAAUACCAACAUAGAAGAUGAAACAUUUGUAUUGGGAGGGAUGGAUUAA